GUCAGGCCGCUGACGCCAUGCGCAAUGACCACGCCCCUUGCGUGCUAACUUUCCGCCGAAGUGUCAGCCGCCAAGUGACCAUCAAGCCGAAACGCACCAAAAAAUGACCGACCAAGGGCUGACGAAUGAAGCAGCUGCCGCUGCGUGUAAAGAGGGGAACCCCAUCACUAAAGACUUCAUGAUGCAGCAGACAAUGCUGCGGGUUAAGGAUCCGGUUAAAUCCCUGGAUUUCUACACACGCAUACUAGGAAUGACGCUGUUACAGAAGUUUGACUUCCCCUCCAUGCGAUUCUCCCUGUAUUUUAUGGGUUAUGAGGAUAAGAAAGAGAUCCCUGCAGAUGUGAAGGAGAGGACAGCCUGGACGUUCUCCCGUCGAGCCACUAUAGAGCUCACACAUAACUGGGGCUCGGAGACAGAUGACAGCCAGUCUUACCACAACGGCAACUCAGACCCAAGAGGCUUUGGCCAUAUUGGAAUUGCUGUACCGGAUGUCUAUGCUGCCUGCAAGCUGUUUGAAGAGAAUGGAGUGACCUUUGUAAAAAAGCCUGAUGAUGGUAAAAUGAAGGGCCUGGCCUUUAUUCAGGAUCCUGAUGGUUACUGGAUUGAGAUUCUCAGCCCCAACAACAUGGUGCCCAUCACUUCUUAAAGACUGUUGUAAUGCUGUGACCUGAUCAGAAGACACUAGUUAUGAUAAUCAAGGACAGAUGGGUGAUCGGAACGGGGGAUUGCUCUGUGGACAGCAUGGAAAGCAGUGCACAAUCAAGACUGACCAUCUUUGACAUGACAGCGGCAGUGUGUUAGACAUCUGAUCAGCUGAAUAUAACAAUAUAAUUUGACAUUUACGUUAUGAGAUAAUGCAGUCCUUCAUAGAGUCUAACCUUAAAAGUUUACAUUACUAAAAUACAAUAUUUUUUUAAUUGAUACAGGCCUCCAUAGAGUCUAACCUUAAAACCCUGCCUUUAUUUGUUGAAAUAAAGCAAAGCAAGUAUUUUUGUGUUUUGUUGAU